AUGCGGCCCUGUGCGCUGGCAACCUCAUGGUCGAGCAGCAGGGCCGCACGGCUUCUGGCGGAGGCGGGUACUGAGGCCGGUGCGCAGGACGGGGGGUCACUGCAGCCAGAUGUCCGGGACGAGGCGGAAACAGGGAGCGAAGCAGACGCCACGCCGCGCAAUGCAACAGAUGCUGUUCUCAAGAGCGAUUCCAGGCCAUAUUUGCCGAGCGACGACGUGGUCGAGGUCAUCCAGUCGUACGCCGUGUUCCUCCUCGUUCUCCUCAUGUGCUUCCUGAUCGGGAGGAUCGCAGCGCUCGCCAAGCUGCCGCAAAUCACGGGGAACCUCCUGGGCGGCGUGCUGGCCGGUCCCUUCGCGCUCGGGGCGCUCAAGCCGUGGCUGCUCGCCGACCUCAAGGACGUCGAGCUCGUCUGCCUGUCCCAGAUCGGCAUGACCGCCGGCUCCGAGCUGCACGUCCGAGAGCUCGCAAACAACAGAAAGCAGAUCUUCGGCGUGGCGCUCGCGAUGUUCUUCGGCACGUGGCUCGUGGUGUUUCCCACAGCGUGGUUGUUUGCAAACAUGCUCCUGCCCGGGUACCUCGCCGACCUGAGCAUCGGACAGGUCGCGGCCGUCGCGAGCCUCACCGCGACGCUCAUGGGCUCGCGCUCCCCGGCCGCCGCCAUCGCCGUCCUGCGCGACACCGAGUCCAGCGGGGCGUUCUCCAAGCUCGCCCUCUCCGCGAUCAUCGUCAAGGACGUCAUCGUCAUCGCGCUCUACGCCGUCAACAUGGAAAUCGCCAGCCUCCUCUGGACCAUGCAGGACGAGCCGCCCGCCGGCCACGCCCCGUCGCUGCCGACGGUGCCCUCCGAGCUGCGGCUGGCGCUGUCGCUCAAGGAGCCGAUCGCUGCGGUGCUGGCGUCGCUCCUCGUGGGCGCUCUGUGCGGCCUCGCGGUGUCCGCGGCGCUGCGGCUCGUCGGGGCGGCGGUCGGGGACCUGCGGGGCCUCGCAGGGGUUCACCCGGAGGGGGGAGUGAGCCGGGGGCACGCUGGACGAAUGUCGCUUCUGCGCGCCGUGGUGGUGGCGCCCGCGUCGCCGAUCACGUGGUACCUCGCGGAGCGCGCGGGGGGCGAGCCGCUGCUGGCGUGCGUGGCCGCGGGGGCCGUCGCGGUCAACGUCAGCGAGUUGCGACCAGGCAAGGUGAACUACGAACGCGCCGCGGUGGACGCGACGCUCCGCAGCCUCAGCCCGGUCGUCAACCUGCUGUUCUUUGCUCUGACUGGCGCGAACCUGCGUCUCGACGCCGUCGCGACCGCGGUGGUGGGCGGCGCGCUCGUGUUCGCGGCGCGGCUGGUCGGGCUGGCGCUCGCUGACGUCAGCACCUCGUGGUUGCUCGUCGCGCCACAGUGGCGCACCAUCAUGUGGGCGCCCUUCGUCACGCAGGCCGGCUGCGCGAUGGGCCUCGCGCGCGCGGCCGCGACGCGCUUUCCCGGCUGGGGCGACGACCUCGCGACGUCGAUGUUUGCAGUCAUCGUGAUCAACAACGUGUUCGGGCCUCCCUUGUUCCGAUUCGCGCUUGCGAGGGCCGGCGAGAUCGGCGGCGACAAGCUGCCGAGGUCCCACGCCAACGGCGCUGCGGGGCAGCACGGCGCGGUGCCGCAUUCCACUUAA